CACAUAACCAAGAACCCAACCCACCCCACCCCAAUGGAAUACAGCGAAAACACCACCGCUAUCGCCACGGCGGAACCUUCUCCCUCCGCCGUGUCUCCCACCUCAUCAUCUUCACCACCCUCCUCUCCACCGGUGAUUCUCAGCCCAUGCGCCGCCUGCAAGAUCCUCCGCCGCCGCUGCGCCGAGAAAUGCGUCUUGGCCCCUUACUUUCCGCCCACAGAACCACUCAAAUUCACCAUCGCCCACCGGGUUUUCGGAGCAAGCAACAUUAUCAAGUUGUUGCAGGAACUUCCUGAGGCUCAAAGAGCAGAUGCUGUGAACAGCAUGGUGUAUGAAGCCAACGCUAGGCUGAGGGAUCCGGUCUACGGCUGUGCCGGUGCGAUUUGCCAGCUUCAAUACCAGAUCAGUGAGCUCCAAGCUGAACUGGCCAAGGCUCAAGCUGAGAUCCUGAACAUGCAAUGCCAGAACGCCAAUUUGUUUGAGUUGAUUGGCAAGCAAGUGGCCGCAGAAACUGAUCGCCAGCCGCAAACACUACCUUCAGUUCAUGAGAACACGACGUUUUUUUUCGAUGAAAGUAUUCUUGGAGUGGCUUGGGAGCCCCUCUGGACAUGAUGUUUGAUCCAGUUAAGGUUGUCAAGAAUUGACAUAUAUAUAUACUUAGAAGAAAGAAUCUUACCAAGAAAUAAUGGUUUUUGUACUCAUGAUGUACUAAAUUAAGAGGAAGAUUUGAUGUGUUGAGGUUUGUGUAUUAGACAUAGACAAGGGGAGAUUUGGACCUCUCCCUCCUACUUUUCCAAAGGAAAAGAGAGGUUAAAAGAAGAGGGAGGAAAAAGGGUCAUUCGGGACUAGGAAUUCUUGCAUUUUGCAUCUUUUGGGUGACCUAAUGCUGUCAUUUCAAGACAAUUAAUUCUUGUUUCGUAUAAUUAUUUCCUUAUCAAACUUUGAUUUUUGACCA